UAAAAGCCCCGGCCUGGGCCGGCGGCUUAGGCUUCGCAAAAUCAUGGGCCAGGCCAAAGCCCUACGCAAGCCGUGACUUUGGCCUGGCUAGGCCUGGCUCAAUGGGGGCAGGCUUUGGCUGGCUCACGGCCCAAAGCCGGGCCAUGCACAUCACUAACCUCGAGGCAAGAACAAUCCGCCUCGAUGAGUUAUUUUAAUUUUUAAACCCACGAUCUUAACAACGGCUGGGUCUGGUUGGGUAUUUGUGAUUAUUGUUAUAAAUCUCUCCCCCGCUGUACUAGUACGCCACGCUCAGCUCGCGAUUGACGAUGGUGUCAGAAGAAAGCCCUCUGUUGGCUAUCACUACGCAUGAAGCUAUUUAUGAUAGGUUCGCACCAGAUCAAAAGGGGUGGAUCGUGUUUCUCGUUUCUUUUGCGGGAUUUUUGCCUAUGUUUGUCUCAUCGACAUUCGUGCCUUCCAUCCCUCAGAUAGCUAAAGAUCUCGACUCGACGCAUGCUGUCGUCAGCUUGACCGUCAGUCUAUCGAUUUUGGCGAGUGCUGUCGGAGGGUUGGUUUGGGCUGCUUAUUCGUCCUUUUAUGGACGUCGAUCGAUAUAUUUGUGGGGGAUGCCGUUUGUAUGUGUUGGGAGUUGUGGUGUUGCACUGUCGACUUCAUUGCAGAGUCUGUUGUUCUGGCGAUUUGUGCAGACGUUUGGAUGCGCUGGGGGAAUGUCCUUGGGUGCUGGUGUUAUCGGCGAUAUUUAUAAAUUAGAGGAGAGGGGGACUGCUAUCGGGAUAUUCUUUGGUGCCACACUUCUGGGGCUCGCUGUUGCCCCGUUUCUUGGAGGUGCUGCGACACAGUAUUGGUCCUGGCGCAAUUUGCAUUAUUCCAUUGGUGCAUGGGGCUUGGUCCAAAUGCUUCUUCUGUACCUUUCGUUUCCUGAGACGAGCCAUCCCGGUACAUUGGGUAUCGAUAAAAUAAGGCGCAGGAGAUGGAUCCAUAUCACAUGGGUUAACCCUCUGAGAAGUCUCUGGUUGCUUCGGAGUCCGAACUUGUUUGCGAUUAUGCUUGCGUCAAGUCUAGUGCUCAUGAGUGACUUUGGUGCGUCAAUACUAUCUGCGCAGUGCAUUCUCACAUCAAGCAAUGCAGUUCUUCUCGUACCGCUGGCGUAUACAAUUGGCGUCCGUUAUGGAAUCACGAAUGAGGCCAUCAUCGGGGCGUGUUUCCUCCCAAAUGGACUGGGAAACUUCAUUGGAGCGCCGGUUGCAGGCCGCCUAUCAGACAUUGUGGUCAGAAGAUGGCGGGAGAAGCGCAGAGGAGUGUGGUACCCCGAAGACCGCUUGAGAGCGACAUGGAUCGGAGGGUUGUUCAUGGUCCCGUUGUCUGUUGGGGCAUCGGGGCUGAUCACGACGUAUGUUGAGGGGCCGAUCGGCCUUGCAUUGAAUCUAUUGUGCCUUCUCACAAAUGGAAUGGGGGUCGACUUCGUGGUGAAUCCCAUUGGUUCUUAUAAUGUGGACGUAGUGCAUUCUCGAAGUGCAGAGGCCAUAGCUGCUCACAUGGCGAGCAGGUCACUUGUGAUAUCUGCUGCGACUGCUCUUGUCAUUCCAUUGAUCGAGCGCAUAGGUGUUGCGUGGACGGACAUCAUCGCGGCUGUCCUUGCGGUCAUUGGACAAGGGAUCAUUUUCUUGACGAUUCGUUAUGGUGAUCGCAUGAGGGCGAGCAUAGACGUUGGUUUCUCGACCAUGGAGAAUAAUUGACCCAUUGAUCUGAAGGGAAAGAUUGAAUUAGAAUCAAUGUAUCAAGUUGGCAGGUAUCAGUCACUGUCGAGUGAAUUCGAGACUCAAGGGUAUGAGAAAAUAACAUGCGGUCGAUUCGGUUCAUCUACGAUUAGGCCUGAAUCAGGUUGAUUAUCCAUUAUCUGUGCUAGUCUGUUGUGUGCUCGUUGGAUGCUGUGGGUUUCUACAAUAUUGGUGCCGUUUGAAACCAAUAAUAUCAUACCACCCUGAACACAGACCGAGG